CCAGCCCAGACCUCAUUGUUCUUGGUUUCCAGCUAUGGCCGCCAUAACCUGACAAGUACCAGGGCUGGUCUCUCUGUGGGUGCCUGGAGAAGCUGUCAGAGAGCUGUCUCUGCUUUUCAGAGUAGGCUUCUGGUCUGCAACGGGAAGAGGAUUCUGCUCCUUGAGGCAUGGCCGGAAGGCAGGAAUAAUGUGGGCCUCAGUCUGCAAGAGCCUUGCUCUCCGGAUGCAGCUGAGGUGGGCCUCAGUCGGCAAGAUGCCCCCGGCCCUGCUGCUUACCCUGCUUCUCUAUGCAAGCCUCCAGGCUCAGGAAAACUCUUUCACCAUCAACAGCAUCCAGAUGGAGAUCCUGCCCGCCGAGAGGGUGCCGAACGGGCACAACCUGACCCUGCAGUGCCUGGUGGACAUCAGCACCACCUCGGCCGUCAGGCCUCAGCACCAGGUGCUCUUCUACAAGGACGACGCUCUGGUGUACAACGUGUCCUCCCGGGAGCACACGGAGAGCUUCUUCAUCCCUCAGGCGCGGGUCUUCCACUCGGGGAUGUACAAAUGCACCGUGAUCCUGAACAACAAGGAGAAAACCACUCAGGAGUACCAGGUGGUGGUGCAGGGCGUCCCCAACCCCGUGGUGACCCUGGACAAAAAGGAGGUGACCGAAGGCGGAGCCGUGACAGUCAAUUGUUCUGUGCAAGAGGAAAAGCCGCCGAUCUAUUUCAGCAUUGAAAAGGUGGAACUGGGUACGAAGCUUGUCAAGCAGAAGAGAGAGAAGAACUCGCAUCAGAACUUCGUGCUCAUGGAGUUUCCCAUCGAGGAGCAAGACCACGUGAUAGUGUUCCGCUGCCAGGCUAGGAUCCUGUCCGGGAUGCAGCUGCAGACCUCGGAGUCCACCAGGAGCGAAUUCGUCACCGUGCAGGAGUCCUUCUCUACUCCCAAGUUCGAAAUCCAGCCUUCCAGAAUGAUCAUAGAAGGAGACCAGCUCCGCAUCAAGUGCACGGUUCAAGUGACACACUUGGUCCAGGAAUUUCCAGAAAUCAUAAUCCAGAAGGACAAGGCAAUCGUGGCCACCUCCAAGCAGGGCAGCGAGGCCCAGGCUGUCUACUCGGUCAUGGCCAUGGUGGAGCACAGUGGCUACUAUACCUGCAAAGUGGAGUCUAACCGUAUCUCCAAGGCCAGCAGCAUCCUGGUCAACAUAACAGAGCUGUUUCCCAAGCCGAAGCUGGAAUUCUCCUCCAGUCGUCUGGACCAAGGGGAAAUGUUGGACCUGUCCUGCUCUGUCCCUGGCACGCCCUCAGCCAACUUCACCAUCCAGAAGGAAGACAGGGUCUUGACGCGGCAUCAGAAUUUCAGCAAGUUUGCCGAGGAGAGGGACAGCGGGAGGUAUGUCUGCACCGCGGCCAUCGGCAAAGUGCUCAAGAGGAGCAACUCGGUGCAGAUGAAGGUCUGUGAAAUGCUCUCUAAGCCCAGGAUUUUUCAUGAUGCCACGUCUGAGAUCAUAAAGGGACACGCCGUAGGCAUCAGCUGCCACUCGAUAAAUGGAACCACGCCUAUCACCUACCACCUUAUAAAAGCAACAAGGAUCUUUCGGAGUGUCAUGAUGAACUCCAAUGACCCGGCAACCUUCACAGAUAAGCCCACCAAAGACGUGGAAUACCAGUGCAUCGUGGAUAACUGCCAUUCCCACCCUGAGCUGCACAGCGAGAUCCUGAAGGUCAGGGUGAUAGCCCCGGUGGAUGAAGUUACGAUUUCCAUCCUGUCGAGUAACGAGGUGCAGUCCGGGAACGAGAUGGUGCUUCGGUGCUCUGUGAAAGAGGGGACCGGCCCGAUCACGUUCAGGUUUUACAAAGAAGGGGAGGACAGACACUUCCAUGAAGACACCCUGAAUGACACGCAAGCGUUUUGGUACAAGAAACUAGCCAGCAAGGAGCAGGAGGGACAGUAUUACUGCACCGCCUCCAACAGAGCCAGCAUGGUGAAGAUGGGUCCCCGAAGCAGCAUGCUAACAGUCAGGGUCUUUCUCGCUCCGUGGAAGAAAGGGCUCAUCGCAGUGACUGUCAUUGGAGUGAUCAUUGCUGCUUUGAUAGUCGCAGCCAAAUGCUACUUCCUGAGGAAAGCCAAAGCCAAACAGAAACCCGUGGAGAUGUCCAGGCCAGCUGCUCCACUUCUGAACUCCAACAGUGAGAAGGUCUCUGAGUCCAAUGUGGAAGCCAACAGCCAUUACGGUUAUGAUGACGUUGGAAAUGAUGCAAUGAAACCCAUAAAUCAAAAUAAAGACCCUCAGAACAUGGAUGUGGAAUAUACAGAAGUCCAAGUGACCUCCCCUGAGCCUCACCAAGCUCUGGGAACGAAAGCCACAGAGACGGUGUACAGUGAGAUCCGGAAAGCCGACCCUAAUUUCAUGGAAAACAGACACUCUAGAACGGAAGGCUCCCUUGAUGGAACUUAAAGACAACCGAGGCAGGUGCAUGCCCAUGGGAGGGCGUCCAGGAAGAGCAGCCGAUUCCCGUAUUCCAAGAGUCCCGCACACUUAUUUAUGAGCCGGCGCCACCCCCACUGAAAGCAGCAAUUCUUCAGGCCAAGCCUUCUCCGAGACAGGGUUUCUCUGCGUAGCCUUGGCUGUCCUGGACUCACUUUGUAGACCAGGCUGGCCUCGAACUCACAGAGAUCCGCCUGCCUCUGCUCUCCCUGAGUGCUGGAAUCAGCAGCUACCAAGCCUUCCAAUCUUAAAUCCCCCCCCCCCUUAAUAAUGUUGGGUGUACAGAGAUCCAGAGGCGCUGUUUAUCGGCCAGCCCGACUGCCCUUCCACGCUGGAGCGUCCUUUCGUUUUGGGAGAGUGAGAGGAGGUUCCAGGUGAAUAAAGCCUGGGAUAUUUUGAAGCCCAAAUAUUGUAUCUGGGACAGACAACAGGCUUCUCCAUGCAUCUUCCUACUCGGAAGCCAGUUUCUGUUCCGUGGUCAGUUACUUUGAGUGAAUGGCCGCGUCUGGGGGUUAGGUUUUUGUUGUUGUUGUUGUUUUGUUUUCUCUCUGUUUUUCCUUUUCCUUCUGGGCUGACUGUUCUUUGGAGGUCUGCAGUGCUGCUCAGGUUUGCGUCGUCCCAUGCAUGGCCUGCCCCACGAAGGGGGACCAGCCGACUGGGAGCAGCGCCUAUGGAAUGACCACUUGACAGACGACAAGCCUGAAGCCGGCCAUGACAGAACGAGCACUGGACUGAGCUCAGACAUCCUUAAACCACUUUCUAGAUCUUUCUUUUCCUCUCCAUGCUGAAGGCCUAAAGGAGAGAAACGGUUGGCUACAGCAAAUGUUAUUUUUUUAAAAAUAGUAAAAGGAAAUGUGUACUUUUCUCACUAAUUUUUCUUUAUUUAUUCCCUGUGCUAAAGGAACAGUCUCCCGAGGUCCCGGGCUGUUUCCAAAGGUGGCUUGAGUGGGUGGAUGGCAGCUGCCUCCAUUUCGCCACAGAAUAUCAUACCUAACCCGCAUCACGCCCCCUGUUCGCCUCAGCCACCUGGCUGCAGGGCCCCUGAGGGAUGUUGUAUUAAAUAAAAUUGAUUUUUACUCUUCA